AUGUUUGAGGCAGUAUACAUAGCAGAUUCAACGAAUUCGUUGGUGUUUGAGUACUUGAUUAAUUUAUCUUGUCCAAAAUUUAAUUCCUUGAAGAACUUAAUCAAAUUGGACGAAUAUGAUCAAUCAAAGCUGAGGUUAGUUGAAAUCAAUUCGGAGUAUUUUGUUGCAUUUGAGAAGAUGUCCAAUCUUGUAAUAUAUUUGUUGUGCUCUUCCAAGAAUGAUCCAAACCCUGUAAUGCCGUUUGUGUUUAUAAAUCGUUUGGUUGAAGUGAUGGAAGAUUAUUUUGGAAGCCCGUUAGCGGUUACGAAGAUAGAUGCAAAUAUUGAUACGUUGACAUUACUCGUAAAUGAGAUGAUUGACGAUGGAAUUCCUAAUGUUACAGACUUCAAUCGGUUAAGGGAUUUGAUUCCGCUCAGUAAUUUGUUUACCAAGUUGUUGAGUACUAGUAAUGACUUGGCUAGUGCGGUGUCAAACAAGUCCUUAUCAUCCAUAACCCAUAAUACUCGAAAGGCUGAAUCACUCUCUUCAAACAUGCAGCAGACGUCGGUGCCUUGGAGAAGGGAUAAUGUUAAGUAUACUAACAACGAGAUGUACGUUGAUGUUGUGGAGACUAUAAACGUGAUCUUGAAACCCUUGCCUAAACAUAUCGGCAAGGAAUCAAACAUGUUAGGCUCAUCAAAGGGUUUUGAUUCUGCAUUUUAUUCGACCUCUUUAAAGGCAUCGUCCAAAUUGGUCCCGAUAGUCGGAACAAUCGAUGGUCAAAUAAAUUUUAUUUCCCAUUUGACGGGGGUUCCCUACUUGCAAAUGAUAUUAAAUAAAGGAGGGUUAAAAAUGGAUUUACCUUCUUUCCACGAAUGUAUAGAAUUGGAUAAAUGGACCAACGAUCCAGGGAAUUUAUCGUUUAUUCCACCUGAUGGGAAUUCUACAUUAAUGAACUAUCAAAUUGAUUUGGACACAAUAAACAAAAGAGACCAAAAGGGCAUGCUCGGUAUUGUCGACAUAGACUACCAGCAUGGUUUGGGUACUAACCAGAAUGAGUUUGAAAUCCGAUUAUUCAUUAACAGCAAUAAAUCAGUACCUAAAAUUGAAAAUUUAUGCAUAGAAAUACAUUGCGAUAAUGUAAACGAAGGUGAAACUUCAUCUGCUGAUGAUUCUAGUGGUAAUAGUAGCAUAAACGUAAGCAACAUUAGAGCUAGCAGAAUAACACAUGGUGAUUUUUCCUUUAAAGGAAGCGGUAAAGGUGAAUGGAACAUACGCAAUAUAUCUACAGGCACGCAGCCGAUGCUCCAUGGGUCUAUAGUUUCAGAUGGAUCUUAUGACUCCCUGGAGUUAGCUAGUGCUCUAAAAGAACACGAUAAGUCUCAUUUGGGUAGUGACAAAGAAUCUACCCCGCUUGCAAUGGAAGCUAUCAAACCCAUUCACUUGAAAUUAUCGUAUAGUCACAAGGGAUGUGUUCCCAGCGGAAUGAAGGUUGAUUCCUUAAAGAUCGUCAGUGCUAAGGGUUUGGGAGAUACAGUCAAACCUUAUAAGGGGGUUAAGUAUAUGGCUAAGACCGGCAAUUUUAUAAUACGCUCAUAG